CUCUGGGAGUUUCAUCUCUCAUCUCUCAAUCUCCCGGAGAAACAAGCAACUCUCGCUCCGCCUUUAAAUCCACUAACUCCAGGAUCCGCGCGCAUCACGGAGAGGGAGACGGACAGAGAGACCUUGAGAGACUGCGCCUCUGAGCGCAGGAGAGAGAGGGACAGAAUUAACCGCUGCCAAAGCGGAUUACAGCGCGUCGCCUCUGUGAUUCUUUCUCUUCGUCUCCCGCUUGAGCGUUUUCCCCUCCUGCUCUCACAAUCGUUUCUUCUUAGAGGAGAGAACCAUGGCUUUAUUAUUAAGUGCGUGUUGGAUCGGCGCAUCUUCACAAUGAGUUCCUCCGCUGCUGCGCUUCCGUCACCCCGGCAACUUUUCCGUGCGCCACGGCGCCACUGAGGCGCUUCUCGGUGGGAAAGUUUUACAUGAAGCCCGCAGGGACCAUGGGCUCUCGGUGAAAGCUCCCACUUUCUUCCCUCUGCCUUUCAAGCUGCGCGGCAAAAAUGCAGAAGAGCGUCCGCUACAACGAAGGGCACGCACUGUUCCUGUCGGUGGUGGCGCGUAAAGAGGGCACCAAGCGCGGCUACCUGAGCAAGAAGACGGCGGAGAACAGCCGGUGGUCGGAGAAGUUCUUCGCCCUCUACCAGAAUGUACUGUUCUACUUCGAGAACGAGCAGAGCGCGCGACCAGCUGGGAUUUACCUGUUGGAAGGAUGCACCUGCGAGCGCACGCCUGCGCCAAAAAUAUCCACGACCGGGAAGGAAGCGCUGGAGAAACAGCACUACUUCCUGAUUGUGUUUGGCCACGAUGGACAGAAACCUCUGGAGCUGCGGACGGAUGAGGAGUGCGAGUGUGAUGAAUGGGUGGAGGCCAUCCAGCAGGCGAGCUAUUCUGACAUAAUUAUUGAACGAGAAGUGCUGAUGCAGAAGUACAUCCACCUUGUACAAAUUGUGGAGACUGAGAAGGUGGCUGCCAAUCAGCUCCGCACUCAGCUGGAGGACCAGGACACAGAAAUUGAAAGACUUAAAUCCGAGAUUGUAGCUUUGAACAAAACUAAGGAGCGGAUGCGGCCUUAUCACGUCUACCAUGAGAACGAAGACCCAGAUAUCAAAAAGAUCAAAAAGGUUCAGAGUUUCAUGCGGGGCUGGCUGUGUCGCAGGAAGUGGAAAAUUAUUGUCCAGGACUACAUUUGCUCUCCGCAUGCUGAGAGCAUGAGGAAGAGGAACCAGAUUGUCUUCAAUAUGGUGGAGGCAGAGACAGAGUAUGUCCACCAGCUCUACAUCCUGGUCAACUGUUUCCUCAGACCUCUGAGAAUGGCCGCCAGUUCAAAGAAACCUCCCAUCAGCCAUGAUGAUGUGAGCAGCAUCUUCCUCAACAGUGAGACCAUUAUGUUCCUCCAUGAGAUUUUCCAUCAAGGCUUGAAAGCGAGGAUCGCCAACUGGCCAACUCUGGUGCUGGCUGACCUGUUUGACAUCCUGCUGCCCAUGCUAAACAUCUACCAGGAGUUUGUGCGUAACCAUCAGUACAGCCUUCAAGUUUUAGCCAACUGUAAGCAGAACAGAGACUUCGACAAACUGCUGAAACAGUACGAGUCCAAUGCUGCCUGUGAAGGAAGGAUGCUUGAGACUUUUCUCACAUACCCAAUGUUCCAGAUCCCUCGUUACAUCAUAACACUACACGAACUCCUGGCCCACACACCUCAUGAGCAUGUGGAGCGUAAGAGUCUUGAGUUUGCCAAGUCCAAAUUAGAGGAAUUAUCUAGAGUGAUGCACGAUGAGGUUAGCGACACAGAAAACAUCCGGAAGAAUCUGGCCAUUGAGAGAAUGAUUGUUGAAGGCUGCGACAUCCUGCUGGACACCAGCCAGACCUUCGUCAGGCAGGGCUCUCUGAUCCAGCUGCCGUCCGUGGAGCGAGGGAAACUCAGCAAGGUCCGACUCGGCUCCCUCUCCCUGAAGAAAGAGGGAGAACGGCAGUGUUUUCUCUUCACAAAACACUUUCUAGUCUGCACUCGCAGCUCUGGUGGAAAACUGCACCUCCUGAAGCAAGGUGGAGUUUUGUCCCUUAUUGACUGCACGCUCAUAGAGGAACCAGAUGCUACUGAUGACGAAUCUAAAACGGCUGGUCAGGUGUUUGGUCAGCUGGACUUUAAGUUGGUGGUGGAGCCAUCAGACUCACCUUCCUUUACUGUGGUGCUGCUGGCACCGUCGCGGCAGGAGAAGGCUGCAUGGACCAGUGAUAUUAGCCAGUGCAUCGAUAAUAUCCGCUGUAAUGGCUUGAUGACUAGUGUGUUUGAGGAAAACUCUAAAGUCACUGUGCCUCAUAUGAUCAAAUCCGAUGUGCGCCUCCAUAAAGAUGAUAUUGACAUUUGCUUCAGCAAGACGCUCAACUCCUGCAAGGUCCCCCAGAUCCGUUACGCGAGUGUGGAGCGGCUGCUGGAGCGGCUGACCGACCUGCGCUUCCUCUCUAUAGACUUCCUGAACACCUUCCUGCACACGUACAGGAUCUUCACCACGGCAUCCGUGGUCAUGGACAAACUGGCUGACAUCUACAAGAAGCCCUUUUCCUCCAUACCCAUCAGGUCCUUGGAGUUGUUUUUUGCCACAAACCAAAACAACAGAGGCACUGACAACACGAACGAUAGAUCUCCUCGUCUCUGCCGCAAGUUCUCGUCUCCUCCUCCGUUAUCCAUCCAGUCCCGCACCUCUUCCCCUGUCCGGAUCCGAAAACUUUCUCUUCACUCCCCCAUCACUGCCAGGGUGGGAGGCCUCGACCUGACGUCUCCUCUGUCCAACUCAAACUUCAACCACAGCAGCUCCCAGUCGGCUGCCAGUAGCCCCACUUCUGCCCAGACCCCUCAAACUCCGACGCCUCAAACCCCAACCCCGACUGCUACCUCUCCACCUUCCUCUUCCACCUCGCCUCCUCCAAACAACUGCAAGCCGUCACAGGAUCCUCUGACUCCCUCCUCGCCUGACCAGAGUCCCAUCCCAGCAGCCGAUGGGGAGGAGGCUCCGCGGAUCGAUCCUUUCUGUGGAAAACUGAGGCGCAGCAUUCGGAGAACUGUGUUGGAAUCUGUGUCGCUGGAGAAAAUCAUCCCAGAGUCUCCGCAGAACAGCGAGGCGGGAGACAUGUCUCCGUGUCGCUCUCCGUCCACACCACGCCACCUCCGCUACAGACAGCCUGGAGUUCAGUCUGGGGAGAAUUCACGCUGCUCCGUCUCUCCUGCCUCAGCCUUUGCAAUUGCAACUGCAGCAGCAGGACAUGGUACCCCACCAGUGUUUACUAACUCUGAGAGGACCUGUGAUAAAGAGUUCAUCAUCCGCAGAGCUGCAACCAACAGAGUCCUCAAUGUGCUGCGUCACUGGGUCUCCAAACACUCACAGGACUUUGAGAUGAAUGGGGAGCUGAAGAUGUCGGUGAUUUAUCUCCUGGAGGAAGUGCUGCGAGAUCCAGACCUCCUGCCCCAGGAGAGAAAAGCUACUGCCAACAUAUUAAAUGCCCUUUCUCAAGAUGAGCAGGAGGAUGCCCAGUUGAGGAUAGAGGAUAUUUUACAGAUGGCGGACUGUCCAAAGGCUGAGUAUUUUGAGUCUCUCUCGGCGAUGGAGCUGGCUGAGCAGAUCACUCUGCUGGAUCACAUCGUCUUCAGGAGCAUUCCCUACGAAGAGUUCCUGGGCCAGGGCUGGAUGAAGGUCGAUAAGACUGAAAGGACUCCCUACAUCAUGAAAACCAGUCAACAUUUCAAUGAUAUGAGUAACCUUGUGGCAUCCCAGAUUAUGAGCCACACUGAUGUUGGCUCGAGAGCGAGCUCCAUCGAGAAGUGGGUCGCCGUGGCGGACAUCUGUCGCUGUCUGAACAACUACAACGGAGUGCUGGAGAUCACGUCUGCGCUCAAUCGCAGCGCCAUCUACCGUCUGAAGAAGACAUGGGCUAAAGUCAGCAAACAGACUAAAGCUCUGAUGGACAAACUGCAGAAGACCGUGUCCUCUGAGGGAAGAUUUAAAAACCUGAGGGAGACGCUGAAAAACUGCAACCCUCCGUGUGUGCCAUACCUGGGAAUGUAUCUGACAGACUUGGCCUUUAUCGAGGAAGGAACUCCCAAUUUUACUGAGGAGGGUCUUGUUAAUUUCUCCAAAAUGAGAAUGAUCUCACACAUCAUCAGAGAGAUCCGUCAGUUCCAGCAGACACCUUACAGAAUAGAGCAUCAACCUAAGGUGACUCAAUACCUUAUGGAUAAGACUUUGACCAUGGAUGAGGACACGCUGUAUGAUCUCUCGCUAAAACUCGAGCCCAGACUGCCUGCCUGAAUUAUCUGUUUGGAGCUAUUGAGAACCCACUGAACCUCUGAGGAUGAAACACCCACCCUGAUAAUAAUUCAUCAAGAGAAAACUGGAAGAAAGUCAUCAGAGCAAUGUAGAAAGGAACGAGACAGGACUUGUGGAAAAUUAGCUGUUUUGCAGAAUAAUGAGGUAGCAUGAGAAGAGGACAGAGAUGGGUAAGGUGUCUGAGCGAUUGUUUUCAACAAGACCAAGAUGAAUGUGGGUCGGAUGCACAGCAUGAAGGUUUCCUUAGUACAGAGUGUGGUGCACAUUACAUCACUCUUCCUCAGAGAGCCUGAGAGUGCAGAGAAAGAAGUGGAGGAACAUAAUAGAGAUGUAGCAUAAACAGGUGGAGAUACAGAGAGAGGUCUGAGCUUAUGUCUCUGUGCCAUGAUUUGUGUUCUGUUGCUUAUGCAUUUCCAUGCAACGCCCCGAACAAAGAUCCCUCUUACAAAACGCUUUCUGUCAUGACAGUCACCACAUUAAACCUGCAUGAUCUCAUCUUAGGAUGUGUCUGUUUGAAUGGCCUUUGACCUGACCUCUGAACUCAGCAUACAGCACUCCAACCAGAAGGACUUUAUUUGGCAUUACGCAUCCUCAGUGAGCUUAGCAGAUUAAAAUCUACUGCUCUCCUCAAAUUUAUUGUUAAACGACACACUGAAAUUAAAUUUCAUAUUUCUUGCCGAAGAUUUUCACAUGUCGUGAAAAAAUUUAAGCCUACAAUUAUCUUUUAUCUGUGUUUAGCCUCAGAUUUAUGUAAGAAAUGAAAAGCUAUUUUUUUACUUAUUGCCCAGAUGAAUGAUACAAAUUUAAGAUAUUUUCCAGUGCCUUCCACUUGUGUAGGUCAACUUCUGCAUACUUGACAAUUUGUCCAGUCAUAGCUUUAUAUAACUCCUACUCUAAAAAUAAUCUAAAAUGGAUUUUAAUUUUAGUUUAAAACUUGUCAGAAAAUAGGUAACAUAUGCUCCAUGGUACUGUAGCAUGUUGGUGUAAAGAUAGGGAAUGCAACAUUGAAAACAUAAGCCAACAUCGCCCUCUACUGUUCAAUUGUUGUAACGAGCCCAGCCAGCCUAAACCAUUUGCAGCAUCUGUGUGCAGUUAUAAUGUUUUGGCUUUUGCAAACUGUCAGCUGUGUGAAUGUGUGUUUUCUGAGUGACCGCAUCUUAGGCAGGGGCAGCUCUCUCUGAGAUGUAGCUUUGCUUGACUGACGGUGGGAUCAUUGUUUACAGUUUAAUUUAUUUAGUACAUUAAACUAUAUUUAUUUUUUUGUAUAUAGUGACUCCUCAGAUAUGUGCAAAAUUGUUAUGCUGUGUAUAACAUUUUUAUUGUUUUUCAUUUAUUUAAUUUUAGUCAAUUAAUUAAGUUUGUUUUGGUAUUUAUAUUGAAUUGUUGUUUUGCAUCUCAUGAACCUACACAAAUUAUGUAUUCUGUAGAGUGAAAAAAAAUGUAGCAUUUGAAUGAUCAGACUUUGUUUUUCAUAUUGAUGAUAUGAUAAAUAGUGUUGCAUGCACACAACAGCUGCAUGCUGUGCAUGUCUGACUGGAUUUCUCCUUUACCUUCAUCCUCUGCUUCUCUGUAUGAAAAUGUUCUGUGUAGCUGCUAAGAAAAUAUAUAAAAACAAUAUUUUGUCCAAUUAAAUCUGGCAUGUUUGUCUCUUGUCAAGCCCAGUCUCAGGGCUGUCAGCCACAAAACAACCUGUUUAAUUACAUAGUGAUGUGCUGAAGCUUUUUCUCAUUUAAAAAUGUGUCUCUGUAGUUCUGGACGUUUGUUUCACUCAAGGGGUUAGAAAAGCAGUUUGAUGUAUUUGUGUUGUAAUUAUUUAUGUGGGGGUUUUUUGUGUUACUUUAUCUGUUUACAUUUUUCACUUGUGGGUGCAGGGAAAAUAAAUACAACAUGCCUUA